AUGCAGUUCAGCCUCAGUUCAGUCCUUGUCGCCUUCGCGGUCGUCUCAUCCGUAGUCGCUACUCCCACCGGUGGAGAUGAGGCGAGCUCAGCCCCUCAGAAGCGUGCUCAGAAUGGAGUAUGCAACGGCACCUCGUGCAAAUUGCAAUUUGUGAACUACGCCUGCACCAGAGGAACUUGUGUUGGCGACGGUGCCGGUGACGGCGCUUGGUGCACCGUUGAGGAAGGCGGAGCGGCGAACUGCCCACACUGUGGAGAUGCUAGCCUUUGCGCCAACCCUUGA